AUGGAUGACUUGUUUAGACAUGCCAACAAAUACUCAAUGCUCGAAGAUGACGUACGAGCAGCCACCCAGCAAGUCGUGGUUGCUGGACAGGCAUCUAGAAGUGGCACGGAAAGAGGUCCCAAGCUUCCGGACCAGCCAAGAGGCUUGUCCGACUUCAGGUGGCCUAGACCCCUCGGAACGGACCCAUUCAAAAGAGAUCAUAGCAAGAGAUGUGUCUUCCACAAGGAACACGGUCACACAACAGAGACAUGCAGAUGCCUCCAUUAUCUGGUUGAAAGGCUCAUUAAGGCGGGACAUUUAAAGCAAUACCUUCGCUCAGAUGCCAGAGGUAGAGACGCUUCCCAAAAUCACAAUUCUGGAGCCCCCAGGGCCCCCGCCGCCCCCAAAGCCGUUAUAAACUAUAUUAACGGAGGCCCAACUGACGAGGAGUAUGACUCUAAACGAAAGAGACAAAAGUUGUUGCGGGCCGCAUCAGUACAUGAGCGUAUCAACUCCAUCCGGCCUGGACUAACUGGAGGGGGCCCUCACCCCAUAGAUGGGACAAUCAUUUUCCCACCAGUAGACCCCACCCGGACGCUGCAGCCACACCUCGACGCCUUCAUCCUAUCCCUAAAGAUAGGAGACUUCGAUGUAAGACGCAUUCUGGUUGACCCAGGCAGCUCGGCCGAUCUUGUGCAAGCAUCGAUCGUUAGCCACAUGGGGCAUAGUCUCACGGGCCUUGAAAACCCUGGGCGAAUCCUGUCCAGAUUCAACGGGUCGUCAACUACUUCCUUGGGAGACAUUGUACUGUCGGUCCAAGUUGACCCAAUCACUCUCGACAUACAAUUUUCGGUGGUACAAGAUUUAUCGCCCUUCAAUGUCAUCUUGGGGCGCACAUGGCUACACUACAUGAAAGCCAUCCCCUCUACAUAUCAUCAAAUGGUGAGUUUCCUUACCAACGAUGGGCAAAUUGACCUAUAUGGCAGCCAGUUAGUCGCUCGCCAAUGCUACCAGAUAGCACGAGAAGUAGGGUCCAGCCAGGAGGAUGCAUCCCUCCCUGAGCCCACCCAUGCACUUGACCAAUAG